AUGAAGGUUCCGUUACCUUUGUAUGGUUUUCUAGUCAUCUUGCAAAUCUUCAUCAGCAGUGCUGUACAGAACAAUGUCAGCGAAUCUUAUACUACAGAAGACGUUGUUAAUGGAACUACACCCGGCUCACACGAUUUCUUGGAUAGCAAUGUGCAAAAUGACGUGACGGAAUCUUCUAUAAUAAAAGGCGAUAUCAGUGGAACUUCAGUCAUUCCUGAUUUCGUGAAAAAUGGAGAUAUAGCAGCAAUUCUUCAUUUACACAAACAUGGAGAUAUAGAUUUACCGACAAUUAAUCUUCCAGAUAGUCAGAAUCCUGAAUUUCUACAAUUCGUAAAAAAUGGAGAUAUGCCGCCGUUUUCAGAUUUUGUGAAGGGAAAAAACACCAAAAAUGGCAAUGCUCCGCCAAUUCCAGAGUUUGUGAAGAAAGAUUUUGUGAAGAAAAGUAUGAAAGACGGAAAUACCCCUGCCAUUCCAGACUUUGCAAAACAAGGAAACGCCCCUGCUAUUCCAGGUUUUUUGGAGAAAGGUAUGAAAGACGGAAAAUUCCCCACAAUUCCAGAUUUUGUGAAGGAAGGUAUGAAAGACGGAAAAUUCCCUACCAUUCCAGACUUUGCAAAACGAGGAAACAUCCCUGUCAUUCCAGAUUUUGUGAAGAAAGAUAUUGAAGACGGAAAAAACCCUACCAUUCCGGAUUUUGUGAAAAAAGGACUUACAGAAGGAGGAAAAUUUCCAACUAUACCCGAAGAUAUCAAAGCAGGUGGAACACCUCCUCCAAUUCCAGAGUUUGUUAAGGAAGGAAAUACGCCGCCCAUUCCAGAUUACGUUAAUGAAGCAUACAUAUCUGAUAAUGGAACAAUUUCCGAAAUGAGCGAUUCUUUUUCAAAUUUAACACGUUCCAAGUUUCCUUCAACAGAUAUAAUCGAUAAUGAUCCAAGAAUCCCAAAGUCUUUUAGAAGACUAUAUCAGAGGAGAAAAGAAAAGGAUGCCAAGCGUCGCAAUAGGAAUAAAUCAAAAACAAAUUUACUUACACAAGUAGUAACACAACCCCCGGUGACUGUUCCGCUAAUAAUUCCAGAAUUUAUGAAGCCAUAUUUACAUGAUAUUGACUCUUCAAAUUCUCAAACAGCUGGAACUAUAUUUUAA